AUGACUGAAGGAAAGUGCCCGGUGCAGCACGGCUUCACCGCCGAUAGUGGUACCAAGAACACCGACUGGUGGCCCGGCUCGCUUCACCUCAACAUCUUGCGCCAGAACGACCAGGCUAGCAACCCUCUGGGUCCCAACUUCGAUUAUGCCGAAGCCUUCAAGUCUCUCGACUACUUCGCCCUCAAGAAGGAUAUCAAGGCCAUCAUGACCGAAUCCCAGGACUGGUGGCCUGCUGACUUUGGCCACUAUGGCGGUCUCUUUGUCCGCAUGGCCUGGCACUCCGCCGGUACUUACCGUGUCUUUGAUGGACGUGGAGGAGGUGGCGACGUAAGAAACCCCGACUUCUGGCCAACAACGCUUUGCCCCCUCAACAGCUGGCCUGAUAACGUCUCCCUCGACAAGGCGCGUCGAUUGCUAUGGCCCAUCAAGCAGAAGUAUGGCAACAAGAUCUCCUGGGCCGAUCUUCUCCUUCUCACCGGCAAUGUCGCCCUCGAAUCUAUGGGUUUCAAGACCUUUGGUUUCGCUGGUGGCCGCCCCGAUACGUGGCAGGCCGAUGAGGCAGUCUACUGGGGUAACGAAAAGACGUGGCUUGGCAACGAAGCCCGUUAUAAGGAGGGUGUCAAGGGCCUCGGCCAACAGGGUGUCCUCCCAUCUGAUGAGAAGAACAAUGGCUCAACCCACUCGCGUGACCUUGCGAAGCCCCUCGCCGCCGCGCACAUGGGCUUGAUCUACGUCAACCCUGAAGGCCCUGAUGGCAACCCUGAUCCCGUCCUUGCUGCCCAGGACAUCCGCGACACCUUCGCCCGUAUGGCUAUGGAUGACGAGGAAACCGUCGCUCUCAUCGCCGGUGGCCACACUUUCGGCAAGACGCACGGUGCCGGCCCUUCUUCCCAUGUUGGUCCUGAACCUGAGGCGGCGUCUCUCGAACAGCAAGGUCUUGGUUGGUCAAGCACCUACGGUACCGGAAAGGGCACUCAUACUAUCACCAGUGGUCUCGAGGUCACUUGGACUAAGACACCUGUGAAGUGGAGUCACGACUUCUUCGAGUAUCUGUUCAAGUUUGACUGGGAGUUGACCAAGAGCCCUGCUGGUGCCUGGCAAUGGCAGGCCAAGAAUGCCCCUGCCACCACCCCCGAUGCCUUCGACGCUAACAAGAAGCAUGUGCCUACUAUGCUCACGACUGAUCUUUCGCUCCGAUACGAUCCCAUCUAUGCCAAGAUCUCUCGCCGCUUCCUCGAAAACCCCGAUCAGUUCGCGGAUGCUUUCGGCCGAGCUUGGUUCAAGCUCCUCCACCGUGACCUUGGUCCCCGUGCCCGGUAUCUGGGCCCUGAGGUGCCCGCCGAGGUCCUCAGCUGGCAGGACCAUAUUCCUAACGUAGACCACCCUCUUGUCGACGAACGCGAUAUCGCCGCUAUCAAGAAGGAGAUCCUCAAGUCUGGAAUCGACCAGUCCAAGUUCAUCUCGGCUGCCUGGGCUUCCGCCUCCACAUUCCGCAACAGUGAUAAGCGAGGUGGCGCCAAUGGUGCUCGUAUCCGGCUCGCCCCUCAGAAGGAUUGGGAAGUCAACAACCCUGCUCAGCUUGCCGAGGUGCUCGGAUUCCUCGAAGGCUUGAAGAAGAGCUUCGACUCAUCUGCUGCGGGUGGCAAGAAGGUCUCGAUCGCCGAUUUGAUCGUGCUUGCUGGUUCCGCGUGUGUCGAGAAGGCUGCGCGUGACGCCGGCGUUGAUAUUGCGGUACCCUUCACUCCCGGACGAGCUGACGCUUCCCAAGAGUUGACCGAUGUGCAAUCCUUCCAAAACUUGAGGCCGUUCGCCGACGGAUUCCGCAACUAUGGCAACUCCACCCAGGAAGUCAAGGCCGAGCACUUCCUCGUUGACCGUGCCCAACUCCUGACCCUGAAUGCGCCCGAGAUGACUGCCAUUGUGGGUGGCCUUCGUGUCCUCGGAACGAACUGGGACGGCUCCUCCCACGGUGUGUUUACCAAGCGCCGUGGUGUGUUGACCAACGACUUCUUCGUCAACCUUCUCACCAUGGACACUGAGUGGAAGUCCAAGUUUGGCGGCGAGCUCUACGAGGGCUUCGAUCGCAAGACGGGCCAGCAGAAGUGGACUGCCACACGAUUCGAUCUCGUCUUCGGCUCGCACGCUGAGCUGCGCGCUGUCGCCGAGGUCUAUGGCCAGGCCGACGGACUGCCCAAGUUUGUGGGCGACUUCGUCCAGGCUUGGACCAAGGUCAUGAACCUCGAUAGGUUCGACCUCAAGGGAAAGCCCCAACCCCAGUUCAAGGCUGCUAGCCACCUGGAGGAUGAUGGCACUGCGGCACUGCUUGCCGUUUCGCUUGGCCAAAACGAGCUUUUAGAUGAUGACGGGUUGUAUUCGGUCACCCUAAAAAUGGACGAUCUCUUGCAGCUCGAGCAGUUUGCUUUGGCAUCCAAGGUCCAGACAGAGAUCAACAACCACACUGGCGUCUCAGACAAAACCCUCGCCGAGUUCAUCAUCGCCCAGCGACUAGAAUGUGAAGACCUCAACGGCUUCAAGGAGCAGCUAAAAACCAUCGGCGCCGAAUUCCCGACGAGCUUGGUGGAGAGCAUCGAUCGACUCUGCAUAUCACUCCACCCGAAACUGAAAAGGCAAAAGGCGGGAACGACGAAGACGGAGAACGAUGGGCACGACGAGCAGGAUCGACCGACGCGCAGCGCGGCGGAGAAGUCGAAGCUCUUUUCUGGCCUAGCUCUGCCGGACAAACAGCCUCCGUUUGACGGCCCGGGCAGCGCGAUGGACGACACCUUGGCCCAGCUGGAAAAUCUGGGGGCGGCAGACCCCGCAAACCGAAAGAAUCGUCGCGGAAGCGCUCGCGAAGCCCCGAAGACGAUCGCGAUCGAUACGCGAGGAAGGGAGACCGCCGGGAACGAGACCGAUCCCGCGAGCGAUCGCCGGCCCCGCUACGCGGAGCUCGAUCCUGCACCGGUCUUGGACAAGAUCUACGACGGAAAGGUGACGGGUAUCAAGGACUUUGGCGCGUUUGUGACCCUACAGGGUGUCAAGGGACGGUCUGAUGGCCUGGUGCACAUAUCAAGGCUGGUAGACGGUCGGCGAGUGGGGAGCCCUUCCGAGGUAGUUUCCAUGGGCCAGUUCGUUAAGGUCAAGGUAGUCACCAUCGAAGGGUCGAGGGUAGGGCUGUCGAUGAAAGACGUCGAUCAGCACACCGGCGAAGACUUGAAUGCUCCAGAGCCCUUGCCGGCGUUUGGCACCGGUGCCAAUAUGGAGGCCAUAGGUAGCCGGCACGGCUUUGUGGAACCGACUCCGACUUUCCGUAAUCCCCACCCACCCAAACACAAGAAGCAAUUGACGGACUCUGAUCGGUGGGAGAUCCGUCAACUUAUACGCUCGGGUGUGGCAAAGGCUUCCGACUUCCCCGAGCUCGAGGAGGAGACCAAGAUAUCGGCAAAUAGAGAGGAUCACGGCAUGGAGCUUGAAGAGGAUGUGGAUAUCGAAUCUCUCGAGCUCUCUCCCAUUCGCGUUGUCAAGGCUCCUGACGGAUCGAUGAACCGUGCUGCCGUGACUGGAUCAUCGCUGGUGAGGGAUCGGAAGGAGGCGCGUCAACAAGAAGCUGAUGUGGAAGCCCACGCCGCUCCCAGGAAAGACUUGUCGGCUCAGUGGAAUGACCCAAUGGCCGAUCCAGACAAGCGAACGUUUGCAAGCGAGUUGCGAACCGCUCGGAUAAAUGCCAAGUCUGAGGCGGUUCCUGAGUGGAAGACGGUCAUUCAUACCAAAAACCAGUCCUUCGGCAAGCGGACAAACCUCAGUAUCAAGGACCAACGAGAAAGUCUCCCCGUCUUCUCCUUUAGGACCCAACUCAUCAAAGCCGUCCACGAGAACCAAAUUCUCAUUGUGGUCGGUGAGACCGGUUCCGGCAAAACCACCCAGCUCACCCAAUACCUUGCCGAAGCCGGGUUUGCCAACGACGGCAUCAUCGGCUGCACGCAACCUCGCCGUGUCGCUGCCAUGUCCGUAGCGAAGCGUGUGGCGGAAGAGGUUGGGUGUAAGCUUGGAGAAGAGGUUGGAUACACGGUUCGUUUCGACGACUGCACAAGUGCUUCUACCAGAAUCAAGUACAUGACGGACGGCAUGUUGCAAAGAGAGAUUCUUAUGGAUGGCGAUCUAAAGCGCUACUCCGCCAUCAUGUUGGACGAGGCCCACGAGCGUACCAUUGCCACCGAUGUCUUGUUCGCUCUGCUGAAGAAGACGGUGAAGCGCCGGCCCGAUCUUAAAAUCAUUGUCACCUCUGCCACGCUCGACGCCGACAAAUUCUCGAGCUAUUUCAACGAAUGCCCCAUCUUUACAAUUCCCGGAAGAACGUUUCCUGUCGAGAUAUUAUACUCGCGAGAGCCGGAGAGCGACUAUCUGGAGGCUGCUCUGUUGACCGUGAUGCAAAUCCAUCUAACGGAGCCCAAAGGCGAUAUCCUCCUCUUUUAA